AUGUUUUUUUUUAAUAAAAAUGACAACAAGCCAUUAAUUUCACCAUACGAAAAAGAAAGAAAAAUAGAACAAGUUAUAACAAUGUUCCCAUUGUUAUCACGUGAUCAUUUCUUAUACAGCACAUUAGAACGUUGUGGUUGGAGUUUAGAUGCAGCUUUACCAUCACUUCAAAGACGUCACGAAUAUUUAGAAGCAGAACAAAUUCAAAUCGAAAGACGUAUUGAUGAUAAUCGUAUCAAGGCUGAAAUGAAACAAAGAGAACGUGAAAGAGAAUUAAGAUUAAUUAGUCAAGUACGUGAUGUUUUUGGUUCAAAAUUCACUGAUCAUCAAAUCGGCACCAUAUUAAAAAGCAAUGGAUACAAUUUAGAAUCCACGAUCAAUCACUUUAUGAGGGAUAUCGAAGAUCAAGAGUACCGUGAAAGAUUAAGACGUGAAAAACGUUUAGAGGAAGAAUACCGUCAACAACGUCAAAGAGAAAGAGAAGAAUACGAAAGAGAAGAAAGAAACAAAAAAAGAGUUACUGAUCUCCUCUUAGAGGUUAAGUAUACCUCUGCUGAAAGAAAAAGAGAGAUAGCAAACACCAAACUCUUCCAAGAUGUAAUGAGAGAUUUAGGUAAAUUAAUGGAACCUGAAAUUCACUACGUCCCAGCUCCAUCUAGCCAACCAUCUCCAAACCCAUUCUCCAACACUCAACACUUGUACAACUACAUCCAACCAAACACAACCUCACAACCAAUUACCUUUUCACAACCAUCACCAUCAUCAUCAUCAUUCACUUCAAACUCCACUUCACCACCACCACCAUACCAUUCCCCAUCAUCACCAUUUAAAACUUUAGAUCCAUUCACCACUAGCACUACCACCACCACUACUACUUCUCCACCAGUUGACGCUGAGCUUUUAAAACAAUUAAAAGCAAUGUUCCCAAAUAUUUCUGAUGAAAUCAUUAAAUAUGUCUUAUCAACUGAAACCAAUAUCUCUUUGGCAAUCCAAAAUCUUUUAGAUAUCAAUAUCAAAUUUGAAAAAACUAAAAACUAA